GACCAAUCGUAUAAAACCGUAAGCUUAUCACUUUUGAUAAGAAAAUGCUACACUUUCGAAUGACUCUAAAAGUGUCGUGAAAACGUCAAGAUAAAAGAACUGAAGAAUAAGAGAUAAAAUAUCGUAACGGUUGGAGCAACUCGUGAAAAAGGUCGCCCUAAAUUGCUGUUAACAGGAAUACGGUUUGCAAAACAAAACUUUUAACUACAAUUUUGUAAAUAUAGCGGGGGAAAAUGGAAUCUUAUAUAACGAAUCGAUCAAGCAACUCGAAACCUCACUCAAACAUGGACGUUUCCCAACCACAGGUAAAAAAUGCUUAAAGAUAUGAUAUCGAUAUGAUUUUUAUAAUUUUUCGGUCUAUGCUUGAUUUUAAUAGCUACUGACACUGAACGAAUAUUAAUGAAUAGGGCAUAUACAUGUAGACAAUAAUGCAUAUUUAAAACGCUCUCCAAAUGUAGAACUAUUUAUACUGUCAUAUAUUUGCGAAAAACACUGGUUGUAUAUACAUACACAAAACAUAAAACAGGUAUUUGGAUGCAAUCAUUUUAUACAUAUGUCAGUAAAUAUCUUUUUGACAGGAUGUUGUCCGGCGUAGUCUAAAAAUUGUCUACACGCUGAGACAUUUCGACUGUUCGUUUUGUUACACCUGCUUCGACGCCGUUCUCAAAAAAUAAUUUGUAAUUUUAAUGCGCAACAGUAUUCUUUUGUAUACGAAAUCUUUUUAAUAUAAAACUGUUCAACAUCUACUGAGCGUUUUUACGCUGCAAAAAUUAAUUGCGUUGAGAAUUACUCAAGUCGGUAUAAGCCAUAUAAGUUCCUCUGUAUAAUUUUGUAAUGUUCGAUCAAAUGGAACAAUCAUAGCAACGUUGGCAAGUUUUUCUUAAAACUAAACAUUUUCUUGUAUACAUGUACGGCCAUAAAUCAUCGAUACAGUAAGUUUUCUUUGCAUGACAUAUGCAUGGAUAAACCGACUAUACGUACCCUUGUUGUAGUCAAUUUUGAGCCGUACAUAGAAAAAAAUGGCUUUUUGCAAAGCUGUAAAGCUUCCGUGCGGACAAGAGACUUAACUAACUGGAACAAAAUUCAGAAAAUACUAAUCUGUUAGAGCACAGAGAAAACUGAGCAAUGUUUUCAAACAAAUUUUUCCGUUGCGUUUGUCCAUAAUGCAAAUAACCAUAAUUACGUGGGCCGUGCUGGGCACAUGCACACAGAGCGUGGGAAGAACCCCCCUCAGUAGCCCAUUACGCGUAUGAGGUCAAGAUAGAUUGGCGUAUAGCGUUGGAGGUCAACACUUUGUAAAUAAUUUAAGUAGGACAACCACAACUAUUUGAACUUUUUGAAAAAUAACUGGGCUUUAACUAUGUCGAUAUUUGUGGAAUUAUAAUGUGCUGUAAAUCUUACUGUUUUAAUAGCAUGCAAGCGAGGGUUGAUUAACUUAAUUAAUCACGAUGAAAGCGUGGUAAAGGUUUGCGAAGGAGUAAAUAAAUACAUUAAAAGCUGAGAAGCAAAAAAGGGAAAAGUGUAGAAAAGAAGGGACGAAGAAACGAAGAAAUGGAGGAGGGAGAAAGGAGAGAGGCAGUUACACACGUAAAAACACACAAGUUGUUACAAAUCUGAAAACAAGUUGUUACAAAUCUGUUCACAAGCUGUCGACAAGUUGUCUUCACACUGCUUGUUCCCAGUUGUUGUAACAAGUUUGGAACAAGCUGUUAACAACUUGUAACAAGCUUGAUGGCAUUAUCAGACUUGUCACAAGGUUGUUCUAACAAGGCUGAUACAGUCAUGAUAAACAAGAAUGUUACAAGCUUGACGACACAAGGUUGUAACAAUACUGCUGUAUCACAACUGUAUCAAACUUGUUGGAACAACCUUGUAACAAGCCUGAUAAUAUCAACAAGAUUGUUACAAAUUGUUAACAGCUUGUCCCAAACUUGUUGACAACUUGUGACAAGCAGUGCGAAGACAACUUGUUGACAAACUUUUUACAAGAUGUGAGAUUUUUGCGUGUGUAGGAGGGAGUGUGUAGAAGGGGGAAAAAGGAAAGGAGAGAGGAUGAAAGGAGGGGGAGGGAGAAAGGAAUGAGGAAGAAAGAACGGUGGAAAAAGGGAGGAAGGGAAGAGGAAGGAAGACCAAGGGGAGAAGAGAGAAAAAAAGGGGGGAAAAGGGAGGGGGAUGGAAGAAAGAAAGAAAGAAAGCAAGAAGGAAGAAAGGCAAGUAUAAAAGAAGUUAAAGGAGGGGAAUAGACAGGAAAAGGAAGAAGGGAGAAACGUAAGUAAACAAAAGUUGAUUUUUUCUCUUGAAGGUAGCAAAUCGGCAAAAACAAGACGUAGAGAAAUCGAACACCUCUCAGCACGCCAGUGGACAAGCUGAAACACUGAAACGUCGUGUUGCUGUAUGUGAUGCGACAGACGAAGCAAAAGAAGGCCGCUGUCACAUGAGAGUUAUCAUGAAAAAAUUUUAAAGUGUUUAUUAAUUAAAUGUGACUUUUCACAGAGAUAUAUCUGAUGUAUCAAGCCUAACUAAACUAUAGAUGAAACUUCACAAAUUUUAAUGAACGACAACGUUCUCAAAUAAGAAUUGCAUUAUAACGAAGAAUAGAGAGAUUCAGAUUUUGACUUCCCGACUACAGCACCGUUGCCAUAAUAUAAUUAACCAAUCAGAUGCUUUUAUUCUACCCGAAUAAUCAAUCAAGUGCUCUCUCCUCCGCAGAAGCUUUAGUUUUCCUUCCUUCGCCCAGCGGCUACGCUCGUGUUCCAAGAUCCGCCAUGUAAAGUGUGGUGAAAUGUCCUAGGAAAACUUAAGCCUCUGCGGAGGAGAGAGAAUCAAGUGCGUAUCCAUUAAUCAAUCAGAUGCUUUUAUUCUACUCGAUUAACCAAUCAAGUGCGUAUUAAGUCUAUGAGAGGUAGCGGUAGUGAUAGUAGAAGUCAAAUGAGAACCUCUUUAACAAAAACGUUUUUGUCAUAUUCGGGUCAGAUUUAUUCCAGAGACGGAUGCAAGAGACGGAUGAUCUGUCUGGACCACAAACUUGGGCAAAGAAAAGAUAGCUCGUCCGAUCGUUCGUGUGUAAAUACGGGAAAACUGACAGAUCAUUUGAAAGUUUAAGCGGAUCCUCCGUCGUGUUGUGUUUAUCACUACGGCUGAAAUAAUCCGUCCUUGUGAUGACCAGUCUCUGGUAUAAAUCACGCAAUAAAAUCUGCAAUUCUGAAAAGGAUGAAAAACGUCUCGUUCAGUUUGUAGUUCUAAGAUGUACCUGUAGUCUUCCUGAAGGACCUACUUCUGAGACAUGGAUUGUACUUUAUGUAAAGCAUAAUAAAUUCCUUUCAUAGCUAAAAGUUGUUCAUGAGUUCCACGUUCUACAGCACGGCCUCGUCUGAUUACAACAAUACAGUCCGCAUGUUGAAUGGUUGACAGACGAUGUGCUAUUACCAAUGUUGUUCGACCAACACUUGCGUUGUCCAGGGCUUGUUGCACUACCUGAAAACGAAUGCUUUGUUAAUGUCGUCUCUAACAAAGAGUAGGGAAUCACGACGAGAAUAGGCCAAUCUAUAUUGGAGAAAGUGCAUUUACCAAUUCUUUGAAUAUCUUCUUUUGAAACACAUGACUGGCAUUAUCUUAUGCCACAUUUUGUAGUAUCGGGCCAACACAUGUAGAU